UCAGGGCAGGUGCCAGUAAAGAAAUUAAAACACAGCACAGAUUGUACUGGAUGCCAGAUCGAAUUGGAAGCCAGUGUAGAAAACUCAGGAGGGGUGGCAGGGUCCCGUUUCCUAGCUCUAACCACCGGAUAAUGAUACAGUUAGCAGUAUUUAACUUUUGGAUUUGUGGAUGAAUCAGUGCCUGUUGUGGUUAUGUGUGUCCUCAGAAGCUAUAUUUAUGGGGAAGAAAGUACCUCAAUCUCCUUUCAAUUGAGCUGAACAUCAUAUAAUUGUUGGGGUAGAAAUGGGGAAUAGGUUAGAGCCAUUUUCUCAAUUGCUUAAGGUGGUCUUUUGAAAAACACUUUUUGUAUUUUAAAGUUUUAAAAACUGUUUACACCAAGGCUUUACAAAGUUCUUGAGUAUAAUAACAAAUUGCAUUGUUGUGAUUUGAAAGAUUUAGUAGAUUUCUGGUUUCAAGAACUUGCAUGCUUGUACCAUAUAAACAAUCUUUCCCCACCCAGGAAAAAAAGGUUGAACAGCUUGUGCAGCUGUGAUUUUAUAAGCAAGGCAAAUAUUUACACUUGCAAUACUACUGUUUAUUAUAUUUAUCAUCUUCAUAGUUAAAUUAUUUUCCCAGGUUGUAAGUGUUGCCAGGCUGAAUGUACUACAGACAAGAGCAUUCUGCUGGAGGAUAGACUGGAGGGAGUAAAGGCUUGAGAGUGUAUGCCGUAUACUUUAGUAAGAAUUAGUAGAGGAGAGGAGGAACAAGAUAUAUGAAGGGGAAGAACAAUUGAAUCUGUAUGUUUAAAUGAGAGUAGAGGGCAAGAGCAUUGGCCUGUAUAUAAACAUGAAGCUGUUUGGCUGUCCUGGCAUGGGUUAUGAAUUUUUUACAUCAUAUCACUACCAUUGUGAUUGUGACAAAGUAGGGUUUUUCCUAAAUUUUAUGUAGACAUGUUUUAUAGACUGGAGAGCAGGUGGAUGUUUUGUCUUUGAUGUCAGUACAGGUCCAUACGAUGUUUCAAAUGUUCAUCAAGAAUAUAUAUAGGAGCCUGUGAUAUGUUGGUAAAACAAACUUUUUGUUUCUAUUUUGUAUUUUGUUGUUCAUGUGAUGGUGUUUUGUUAGGUGUUGAUAGCAAACACUUCAGCAAAUAAGACAAAAAUGCACAUUUUUAGUGAAGUUAUGUCGCAAGACUUAUACAAGUCAUUGCUGAUACAUGUAUAAGUGUGUAUUUAGUCUGAUUUUUUUGCAGAUGUAGUGGCCAGUAGAGGGUCAGAGGAAUAUGUGGCCUAUAUGCAUGGAUUAAAACAUUUCUUUCACUUUUGUAAUUUUUUAUGACAAUUAAAAUUUGCGAGCGUUAAUUCCUGUAUGUUAUAUGUUGUGUGAACGAAAAAGUUGUCAAACUGCAUUUUAAGCUUGAUUUGUUCUAUUGUUGGCUACAAUGCAGAUGCGUAUUAUGACACUUUUUAAAAAAUAGUAAUGGGAGUAAAACACAAGUCACAUUCCUGUUUCAGAUGAAGAUAUGUGGUUAAUAGUUAAAUAGCUGUGGAAAUAAUAAGUGGGAACGAAGAGAUUGGGUAGGUUGAGACUUUCGCUUCAAACUGAAUUUAAAGAAGCUUUCAUAUAAAUGAUACAACAGUAAGUUGCUAAGUUACUCUGCAUGGUGCUUAUUAGCAAAUCGUGUUUCUUCAGCAAAUUAUAAAACGCCGGCUUUCAAUUGGUAAACUCGUUGUGGGUACACCUUUCCGAGAAACAAAAGACAGUAACAAUAAUAUUAAAUAUGAAUCGCAGCAUCGCUAGUUAGGUUUAGGCCCCAGUGAUAUCGGUAAAUUUAGAAACAAUCCACUUAACGUCUUGAACCAUUUAGAGAUACUAGAAUAUUUGAUCAUUUCUGUGGGAUUUUUCACUUUACUGACCAGUUAUUUGUUAAAAGUUCAAAUAUCUAUGAUGCUUCAUGAACAAACUAAUGGAAUACAAUGCUGACAUAAGUCGAUUAUUCUGAAACUUUGCCUGUAUUUUUCUGUACAUUCCUCUCAAACGCUUGGUAAGCGCAAGUCAUGGCUGGUUGCUGAGGAGAGUUUCAAUUGUGGUUAGCGAUGACAGACUACGGAUUAAAUGAAGUUAACAUUGUAAGUUACCUGGACACAACAUGGAGGAUGCAUACAAAACUACCAUGGACUAUUUAUACAUUCGCUUUGAUGUCUUAAAUCACUGGCGUCAGUUUGGAGUGAUGUGUGGUCUGUCCACAGACACAGAGAUUGCUAGCUUCCUGCUCAGACAUUAUGAAGACACCUGUAGCCAGCAACCCACCAGAGAAUUUUGUGCUGCAUGCCAAGCUCCACUUCCACUUGUUUGUGAUCUCUGCAGCUUUAGAUCUGGUCGAGUGAAAACAGCCCCAACGAAUUCCUCUAUAACUAUGGUGUUGGAAAAGGAAGAGAUAAGCAAAGAAGAUCCUGUUCAAACCAUGGAUCCAGAAAAGAUGAAGAAUGGCAGAUGGCAAUUCUGUGUUGUUCAGACAGCUGAGGAAGAUCAGGCAAUGAAUGAGUCAAGGACACAUGCCAGUGAUAGACAAGAGCAAAUAAGGGUUUCUGACCCAAAGGUUCCAGCCCAGCAACAAGAUUUGACCUUCGUAAAGACUGAUGACCUGGCAGAAGAAAACAAAUCUGAUGACACAGGAGAUGAUUGUGUGACAGAGGAGCAACCUGAGGAUGAGUUCAUGGGCUUGUCUGUAGACUUUUCUUCAUCAUCUGAAUCAGAGGAGGAGUGUAUCGGGGAUAAACGUCCACAGAAGGCAGUUGGUCAAAAGGGAAAAAGAAAAGGCAGAGGUAAAGUAAAGCACUUUGCCUGCACAGACUGUGAUGCUAUUUUCACUGAAAAAUACAGACUUCAGAGGCAUAAAAAAAUUCACACCCUCAUACCUGGUAAAGCUCCACCAGUCACCUGUGUAAUCUGCCGCAAGACAUUCAAAUGGAAGGGCAGCUUGCAAGCACACAUGCGUUCCCAUACUGGCAAAAAACCAUUUCAGUGCCGGGAGUGUGAUGCUGCUUUUUGUCAGCCUAGUGAACUGGGAGAACACAUGCCAACUCAUGAAAAUUCUCUGCAGUUUCCUAAAUCCUACAAAUGCAGUGAGUGCAAGUCUUCUUUUGCCAGGUUGAACAGACUGACCAAGCAUGUGUGGCGGCAUUCGUUAGAGAAGAAAUACAAAUGUCCUCAUUGUGAUGCAGCUUUUACCGACUCAUCAAAUUUUGCAGUGCACGUCCGCAUUCACACAGGUGACAAGCCCUUUACAUGUUAUGAAUGUGGUGCAGCUUUUGCUCAGUCAGGAAACCUUGCCAGACACAUUAGGACACACACAGGUGACAAACCAUACAUCUGCACAGAGUGUGGUGCAUCGUUUGCUGAAUCCAACCAUGUCACGAAACACAUGCGUGUUCACACAGGUGAAAGACCUUACCUCUGCCAGCUGUGUGGAACAGCUUUUACAGAGUCUGGCUCACUAACAACACAUAUGAGGAUUCACACCGGAGAUAAACCAUACAAAUGUGACAUUUGUGAGAAGUCUUUUACCAGAAUGAGUGUUCUGACAAUCCACAAGAGAAUUCAUACUGGCUAUAAACCGUUCAUUUGUCAUGAAUGUGGCGCCUCAUUUUCCGAUGCAUCCAAUUUUCGAAGACACAAACGUAAACAUGUUAAUGGUAAGCUAUCAUUUACAUUUAAUGUCACCUGAAUACAAUGUCCUCAUUACUAACAAA